AUGAGUUCGAUUUCCCAAGGUACAGUGCAAAUCACAAUUCAAUCGACACAAAAUAGCUUUUCCAGGAAACUAACGUGUCUCACAUUGCCGACUAUCGCGGAUUUAGUUCCUUCCGAGACAUUUCCGCGAGACACGAUCAAGUUUCCGACAAACGUUAAACUAGCGGAUCCAGAAUUCCAUUUGCCGCGGCCUAUAGACAUAUUAAUCGGCGCUGGGAUUACAUUUUCGUUGUUCUCCGUCGGUCAAAUCAAUCUGUCUAAUGACGGACACGAUUUAUAUUUACAAAAGACCCGAUUAGGCUGGGUCAUUGCUGGUAGCUCCGCGAAGCAAAAUAUUAUCAAAGAAGCAUCAUGUUGCUUAACGAGCUUAGAAUCACAAUUGGCCAAAUUUUGGACAAUAGAAGAAAGCGUAAUUGACAAAAUUAAAUCAGAAGAGGAGAACAAUUGUGAAGCGCACUUCAUUAAGAAUGUAACCCGCAAUAGCGAAGGACGAUACAUGGUGCGUUUACCAUUCCGUUAUGCGGAUGCUAAGACGGGCGAUUCGCGAAAUAUCGCGAUCAAACGUUUGCUCGCGCUAGAGCGCAAACUCGAACAAGACACUACGCUGAACUUAGAAUACACCCGCGUUAUAGAAGAAUACAAGACCUUAGGGCACAUGUCGCUAGUAACUCGUCCGCCUCUCGACGGGUUUUACAUGCCUCAUCACGCGGUAAUAAAACAGGCCAGUAAUACAACUAAAGUACGAAUUGUGUUCGAUGCGUCGGCAAAAUCUGCGAACGGCGUAUCUGUAAAUGAUCUCUUGAUGGUGGGACCCACGAUUCAAGAAAAAUUGUUUUCCCAUUUAAUAAGAUUCCGCACCUACCAUUACGUUAUUACCGGUGACAUAGAGAAAAUGUAUCGGCAGGUGCAGGUACACGAGGAUGAUCGUAGAUUUCAACUGAUUCUUUGGCGAGAACGCGGCGAAAUCAGAACCUAUCAGUUGAACACGCUUACCUUCGGAGUAUCGUCGUCGCCAUUUCUCGCGAUCCGCACGUUGCAACAGCUCGCGGAUGACGACGGUCAUUUACAUCCGAAGGCGGCUGAAGUACUUAAGCGUCAUCUAUAUGUCGACGAUCUAUUGACGGGCGCUAACUCGGUUAAGGAGGUUCGUUACGUCCGGGACGAAAUAAUCGCACUUCUAAGGCGCGGAGGGUUCUCUAUAAGGCAAUGGGCCUCGAACGACACACGCAUAAUCCAAGAUUUACCAAACAAUACUCUACACGCGAAUUAUGUGCUCGGUGAAGAUCAGUCUUUAAAAACGCUCGGUAUUUCGUGGAACACUCACGACGACAAAUUAUAUUAUUUCGCACGACCGAUUAGGUUAUCAGGAAUAAUAGCAAAACGAAAAAUCUUGUCCAAGAUUGCAGAAAUUUACGAUCCUCUAGGCCUAUUAGGUCCCGUGAUCUUAUACGCAAAACAGCUAAUACAAGAUCUACGGCGAGUUCAGGUGCAUUGGGACGAAUCCGUUCCACAGAACGUUCAUUUUAAAUGGUCCGAGUUUGCACAACAAUUUGAGUCCAUGAACGAAAUUUCCUUUGACCGUAAACUAUUCAUAGAAGGGUGUCAUAGUUUUCAAUUACACGGGUUCUGCGAUGCCAGUUACACUGGUUACGGAGCAUGCCUUUAUGUGUGCUCAGUCAAUAAAAACAAUGAAAGCAUUUGUAAAAUAUUAUGCGCCAAAUCUCGCGUUUCGCCAAUAAAAACCGUCACCAUUCCGCGACUCGAGUUGUGCGGAGCACUAUUAUUGGCACGCCUGUACCGCGAAUCGUGCGCCGCAUUAAACGCUGUACCGGCCAAGGUGAUUUUUUGGUGUGAUUCAACCAUCGUACUACAUUGGUUGAACACAUCCCCACAUCGGCUUAAAACUUACGUCGCAAACCGUGUAGUAGAGAUACGCGAAAUCACCGAGUAA